UUCCGGUUGCAUCCACCCAAGGGGGAAGUGUUAGUGUUGUAGUAGUGUUGAGGGUUGUAUGAAGAGCUGUUUAUAAGUUGGAGAAAACAUGAUCCUUCUGGAGAUCAAUAAUAGGAUAGUAGAAGAAACGCUAACGUUAAAAUUCAAAAACGCCCUUGCGGGUCAUAAACCAGAAUCGAUAGACAUCACUAUUGCUGACUUUGAUGGAGUUCUGUUUCAUAUAUCAAACGUAGGUGGUGAUAAAACUAAAGUCAGAACAAGUAUUUCAUUGAAAUUCUACAAAGAACUACAAGAACAUGGUGCUGAUGAACUCCUGAAAAGAGAAUAUGGCCCUCUCCUUACUCAAGUUGAAGAUGGUUAUAAUGUUUCAGUUUUAAUUGACUUGGAAAGUAUUCCCCAAGACUGGGAAGAUAUUGUUAAAAAAAUUGGUCUUCUGAAGAGGAAUUGUUUUGCAUCUGUAUUUGAAAAGUAUUUUGACUUCCAAGAGAGGGGCGAGGAAGGCCAUAAAAGAGCUGUUAUUAAUUACAGGAACGAUGAAACACUGUAUGUUGAAGCAAAAGCUGAUAGAGUGACCGUUGUCUUUAGUACAAUAUUUAAAGAUGAAGAUGAUAUCAUAAUUGGAAAAGUGUUUAUGCAAGAAUUUAAAGAAGGAAGAAGAGCAAGCCAUACAGCUCCCCAGGUUCUGUUCAGUCACAGAGAACCACCUCUUGAACUCCAAAACACUGAUGCCAGAGUAGGAGAAAAUAUUGGAUAUAUAACCUUUGUUCUGUUCCCACGACACACAAACAGGAGUACCAGGGACAAUACCAUAAACUUAAUUCAUAUAUUCAGAGAUUAUCUUCAUUACCACAUCAAGUGCUCAAAGGCAUACAUCCACUCUCGCAUGAGAGCUAAGACAUCAGAUUUCCUCAAAGUCCUAAAUAGAGCAAGACCAGAACCCAAGAAUGUAGAAAAGAAAACAAUAACUGGACGGUCUUUUAUUAGGAAAGAAUGAUUCACCAUGAAACAUAGUGCAUUCAAAAUCAUGGCUUUUUCAUCUGUGCAAAGGCUUCAAGGAAACGCUCAUUUAUAUUGCACAGUGUCUGUGCAGAGAAGCCUUGUUCAGUGUUUGUCAUUGAUAGACUGCUGAAACAUUAAUGAACUUGUACAUUAUGAAAAUUGGCUGGUGCUACUGCUACUGCAGCAUCCCAUCCCAGUUAUUUGGUCACUACUCAAGGGGCAGCCUCCUCUUAAGUCGUAUUCAAUCUCUUGUGUCAAAAACGAUAAGUUUAUAUCGGAUAGUUCAGAAUUUUGAGAACAGAAGUCAGCCUUAUGGAAGAAAGAAACAAGGCGACAUUUAUUAUCUUAGUAUUGGAGUAUUAUGUCAAUAUCUGUCAGUCAAUAUUGUUUUAUUUUAUUAAUUUAAUUUUUCUACAUCGUGUUUCAUCAUUUAUAAACAUUUUUCUUCUGUGGCUGUGUUUUUAGACACUGAACAGAAAUCGAGAACAAAACAUUUUGGAAUAAAAAUGUGAAUUUAAUGAUUGGUACAUAUUGCUAGGUAGUAUGCUAUCAUUUUAUCAGUCAAGGGAGUCUGAUUUCAUACUUUAUUUCCCUUUUUUGUUAAGCUUAUUUAUUGUUUAAUGUGGUUUUAAGAACAGUCAAAAACAUUAAGUGUGUUUCAUUUUUUUGUAACAAUGACCUACUAAUUUUUAUUGUUAUAUUUUGCAACUGUGAGUAGCAAUGCCAGAUGUCAGCUUUUCAUUUUUUUUAACAGCAAAUGAAUGGAAGAGUAUAUUACUUAUAUUGUGAAUGUGAGCCAGUAUACAAAUCAGUAGUGCCUUAUCUGGGGACAAGAUAUCAGUCACAGAAUAUUAUAAUCCAUAAGUAUCCAUACCCAGUGCUUCAACUCAUGUUCCUUUCAAAUAUUAAUAAAUACUUCAGUUCGUUAUUGCUGUUGACAUUGCUUCACUUAAGGUUUUGAGGUUAGUGAAGGAAAAAAAUAUGAUUUCAUUGCCACAGUGUGUAAGGGCCUUUCAGUUACGCAUGUAAAGCAGCAUUCUUGAUAGCUGUAUAUACUUGAUUACAUUUGUUAGAAUUCAGUUAAUGCAUCAUAUCAUUUUACCUUUAUUUGUGUUUAACCAGGAGUGACUACACUGUAUAAACAUUUAUCAAUACAAUGGCUGCAUUUUUAUGACCUAAUUGGUCUAGAUUUUUGUUUCAUACUUUCAUUGACUUGUAAGAGUAUGGUAUAAAAGAUGUAAUUACAGAUCAGUCUAGUGUAAAUGAGGUAAUGAGUCCUAGUGAGUUUGGGCAGCAUUUCGAAUUCACUAAUUUCACUAAACUAAUUUAGAAGUACUUGCAGGUGCUAUCUAGCUGUUUACUGCUGCACCCAACUGAUUUGUUAUAAACUUUCUGUCCUUGGUAUACAAUGCAACAAUGCAAUGCUCCAAUUCUAAGGUAAUUACAGUACUUUUAUAGAACUCAUUUACAUUUUGCUCAUGAGAGUUCCAACUUUAUGCCUAAUACCGUCUCAAAGCUUUGUUGUACACAGUGACAAAAGAUUAGGGAACAAAGCUGAUGUUAAUUGUUGAAUAACUUUUUUAAAUCUUGUGAAUAUUGUAAUUAAACUCAAUAUGAUUGAUUGAUUAUAAACAUGUAAAAAUAAUGCAAUAACAGUGCAUGUGAAAGUUGUUAUAGUAGUGGAACUAUAAAGUGAAAACCACUACCUCAGACUGUGUGAGGAAAUCUAGUAUCGUGAAACACAUUUGCAGUUUUUACGUCUGUGAAAUAUGAGACAUGAUUAAUAGUUCCUGUGCAUGGCCAGCACAGUGUUGUGAAGUGUAUUGUGAGAUACGAUGUUCGAGGUGCCGUACAUGUGUGAUAAUUUGAUGUGGUAUGCCUAGAAGUACGAAGGUUCCACAGAAAACAGAUUAUUAUAACUUAAUCUUCGUGGCGGGUUUGUUGUGAUUUCAGUGAUUUAUUUUGGUCUGAAGCACAAGUUAAAAAAAAAAAAAGAUGGAGGAAGCGUUCAAUGAGCUUUUAUUUUAGAAUUUUAUAUUUUUAUUUCUUUAAGUAAAUAACAUGCCACAUGUAGAAGUUCCAUUUUUUGGCAGGAAAGUGAUGUGAUUUAUUUAUAACUGCUCAUGUUAAUAUUUAUAAUUAAGUUAUAAAUUAAAAACAUAUCAACAGUAAUUUUUCAGACGUUGUAUUAUAAAUGAUUAAUGUUACUUGCACAGCUCUCUUCUGUGUCUCAAAAGAUAAUUUUAUAUUUUAAAUGUCUCAUUUAUAUUCGUUGUUUUCCUUGUUACCUUUGUUAAUCAGAUAUUCAAUUUUGAAGCGGCCAGAAAACUUACUUGCUGUACAGUUGCAGCAAGGGGAGCAUAUCUGGCCAGUGAUAUGCAAAUCUUAUUUUUUCUGCUGCAUCGUGUUUGUCAGUGCAAACUUGGAUACUUAACAGUAAUUUUUCUGUACAAUUCCAAUUUAUGUCGUUGUUUUUUAUUAUGAUUAUAAAUAUAAUAUGCAUUAAAAAUAACAGAAGUUAGAUUUGUUAUGUAAUUUACUUUUAUUAAUACAGACAUUGUCUUCCUUAAA